CGCCUCGUGGGAUCAGUGACAGGCAUGCCGAUUGUAAGGGAUCCAGGGCCUGGUUGAUUAGUCUUCCUACGGCAAUGCCCUCGAAACCUGGUCUUCAUCCGACAUCUUGAUCUGGCAUCCGAACCCUCCUGGUCGAUGGCCCCAGAAGUUGCCACAUGGCCGAAGAUCGAGGAGGCCGUACGGCGCGUUUUUAUCUCCGGAAGCAUGGCUACUGUGACAGUUUGCACUAUGACCCGGUAUUGAAGAUAAUCCUUGCUGUCAAGACUCUGACGAUAUAGGGAGCGAACAUCAGGGAUGCCAGCGGAAAAAUGUCGAGGCACGAGACCCGCAUUAUGAUUCUCGACAAGACAGUUCGGCUCGAAGGGGGAUGUAAGACUUGACAUGGCCAGCAAUAAUCUCUCCCAAAAACCCUUUCCCUUUUGACCUGGACCCUAGCUUCUGGAAUGCUUCAGUAGACACUUCUAAGCUUGCGGGUCAGUCGAUGACGCUUCGAUUUUGGUCGGUGUAUAUUGAUUUCGAUUCCGAGGUUUUCCCCCAGAUUGCCUGUCUUUUUGAUCGCAGGGUACGAUUUAUGAUUGCGGCCUGGAAUGGAGUUGCAAGGGUUGUAGCGUAUAUUUGCUCCUAACCCCCUGCUCAUCCCCGCCAAAAUGAAGAGGAGGGAUCAAACACUGUCCCGUGAUCUGACUGGACGAGGCAGAACUACCAGCAGCACCCACCUCUUGACAUGACACGGCAGGAAAUGCGUGGCAGAUGCAGACGCCCGUUGUUGUCACAUUGAUAUGAUGAAUCACCUACAGUCACACCGCAGGACGUCGAGACCACGGGGAUCGAGUAUCACAUUGCAAGAGAAGCUUGCUUAAUUGCUAUUCGCCGAAUAAAGACGCAAUUCCUGGUCUGCUUACUCUGUUCACCACGCGCCAACAUGUCCGCUGCCAUUUCCGGAGGCGCUUGAUACUCACGGCAUAUCUGGCAAAAUUCGGUCAGCCUUCUCGUCAUAGCCGAACUGCAUUGGGGCCAGGCGCGUCGUCGUGGCUUGCCCGAGUCCAAUGUCUGCCCAGGGAGGGCUGAAAGUCAACAAGCAUUACGGUGGCGGUCGGACAAGAGUGUGCGCGCGCUCUGCCGCGUUUGAAGCAUGGUGGUGCUGGAAUACCGCCGUCGAUGCGAAGCGAAGCAAAGACACGCAAAGAAACAGAAACUCUCCCGGGUCAUACCCUCCCAGGUGUCAGCUUCGACUCGCAGGGGUUCAGCUUCCCUGUCUCCUCGGAUUUCGCUUCAGCAACAAUUCCAAAUCAUGUUGUCGGGGGGUGGUUAAGACCUAUAUUCCCAGCGCUCGGUCAGGGGGCCUGAUUAAGCCGCAGGUGAUCCUACCUCACUGUAAGGUACUGUACCUUGCCCCGGAGAUAUGGUCGCAAUAUCUUUCCUCACUUUCAGGCUUUGUUUCCCCGUCCUGGUUUCUUUACCGCUUAGCUAUAGCGAUCGACAAACUGGGCCUCUGGGACCUCCUUUGUUGCAACCUGGGCCGUGCAUCCCAGUACAUUGGAAGCGCUCCUCGCGCUCACGGCUUUCAUUGUGGUCGAUGUUGCUGCUCGAUACCAAUCAUCUAUCCCUCUUGCAGUUCCUCGCUGGCUGUCGGAUAUUGAUCGAGGGGUCGCCAGAGGUUGUUCGUCUCUAUCUGGCGCGUCACAAACGUGUGUUUUGUUUAUCCUCCAGUUACUCACGGUCGACGGCUUUGCUUUGCGUUUCCCCUUGCAACGAGGCAGAAUGCAAUCAAAUCACCGAGCAUUGAAAGGAGACCACAAACAUGAUCAUGACGAUGCUAAAGGGUAGCCUAUACUGUAGGUAGGUUGGUUCAACGUCACUCUACCAGGAAGCUGGCCAAAGGCUUUCCCGUCUUCAUAUCCGCCUGAUUGAUAUUUGGUCUCACUCUCAUUGUCAUGUUAUUCUUUUCGAUGUCUCGUUGCUUUUCUUGCUUCAUAUCUUGUGGGUCCCAAUUUCCGCCAUCUGACUACUUCGACCUCAGAGAAAAGGGGUGGGAGCAACUGAAAGAGAAGGUUGACAACGACGCAGGAUUCUCUGGGUUCUUUCCAGCCAGCAGCGCCAUAAGGAGGAGUGCUGCCUGGGGACAAGCAGGUUGAUUCAGUCAUUGUUGGCUAUAUUGUUCUUUUCCCUGGAUUGACACAGAUCGUGUAAUUAGAGCCGUGUUUUGGUCAUAUGAAUUCGUGGCCCAUGCUCUCCUCGUGGGCUUGGCCGUGCUCGAGAGUCUGAAUUGAUCAUCUAUCUGGCAAAACUACCUUAGAUUCCCGUGUGUAUAGACAUAGACAGAGACAUACUAUUGUCGUAGAGACGUCAAGACUGUUUACUUGGCACUUCUUGAUAUUUAUUCCUCA